AUGGCUUCUAACCUCUCCUUCAUCCUCAAUAAGCCCAACGAUGUCACCUUCGAGGAGCGCCCCGUGCCCAAGCUGCAGCACCCGCACGACGUGCUCGUCGCCAUCAACUACACCGGCAUCUGCGGCUCCGACGUGCACUACUGGCAGCACGGCGCCAUCGGCCACUUCGUUGUCAAGGACCCCAUGGUUCUAGGCCACGAAUCCGCCGGCACCGUCGUCGAAGUCGGCGCCCAAGUCAAGACCCUCAAAAAGGGCGAUACUGUUGCCCUCGAACCCGGCUACCCUUGCCGCCGCUGCGGCCCUUGCCUCUCCGGCCACUACAACCUCUGCCCAGACAUGGUCUUCGCCGCGACCCCGCCAUACGACGGAACCCUCACCGGCUUCUGGACCGCCCCCGCCGACUUCUGCUACAAGCUCCCCGCGCAGGUCUCCCUCCAAGAAGGCGCCCUGAUCGAGCCCCUCGCCGUAGGCGUGCACAUCGUCAAGCAAGCCCAAGUGCAACCAGGCCAAUCCGUCGUCGUCCUCGGCGCGGGGCCCGUCGGCCUCCUCUGCUGCGCCGUCGCGCGUGCCUUCGGCGCCACCACUGUCGUCUCCGUCGACAUCGUCCCGUCCAAGCUGGAAUUCGCCCGCGCCUACGCCGCCACCCACACUUACCUCUCGCAGCGCGUGUCGGCCGAGGAAAACGCCCGGAACAUCCUGGCCGCGGCUGGCCUGACGGAGGCCGGCGGCGCUGACGUGGUUAUUGAUGCUUCGGGCGCGGAACCGUCGAUCCAGGCCGCGCUGCAUGUUGUGCGCAUGGGCGGCACUUAUGUCCAGGGUGGUAUGGGCAAGGCGGAUAUUACGUUCCCCAUUAUGGCGUUGUGCCUGAAGGAGGUGACGGCGCGCGGGUCGUUCCGGUAUGGGAGCGGUGAUUACAAGCUGGCGAUUGACUUGGUUGCGGCGGGUAAGGUGGAUGUUAAGGCGCUGGUGAAUGGUGUGGUGGCGUUCAAGGAUGCUGAGGAGGCAUUCCAGAAGGUGAAGGAGGGCCAGGUCAUCAAGAUCUUGAUUGCCGGGCCGAACGAGAAGGUCGAGGCGGGCGGGAAGUUGGAUGUGAGCGUGAACCAGGAGAGGGCGAAGGAGGUGGCCGCUGCUGGGGGCGCCGGUGGUUGCUGCUAA